UGCACAAUCUGCAUUGACACUUCUUUGAAACAGGUCUUCUUUUGGGGGCGACCUAUUCCGCUUACCAGCUCUUCCUUUCUUUGUGAGGCCGAUCAUCAGUGGUGGAAACCUAUUACCGUAUUGUACGAUCGAAUCCAAAUUCCAUAUGACAUUCGUCGUUGUCUAGAACGCACCACUCAGUACUAAUUUCACUGCAGCCUCCGGAGUAAAGAGGAGUUUACUUCGUUGUCUGCUGUUCGGCUCUGGACCUUUAGUAUUAUUCCGUUCAGGAAUGGGGGUGAAUGGAUGGAUGCGUCAGCGUUCUCCAUCCAAACACAACGAUCACUGCCAAGCGCCAGGCUUCCGAUCAGCACAUGUGGUGAUGUCGCGCUCUCCACGCCGUCUAUCGUUUCCCUCUUCAUCGCAAGAUUUUGCUCUGCCAUUGAGCUCGACUCUAGUAACCUCCCCCGAAGGCUCGCCCAGUCCUCUGUUUCUACGUUUCCGACGCCCAUCACUUCUCCCGAGGCCUACUACCGCCUAUGCUGAUAAACACACAAGCAGCCCACUGGCCAUAUCGUUCUCAAUACCCACACGUAGAUAUAGAAGUGUUGGCGGUGAAGAAUCAGAGAGUGACCGAGAACGGAUGUGCACCGAGAGCUCGCCGUCCAACAGCUCAGGCAACCCAACGCCUCCUAUUUCCGUGCCGGCUUCCAAAGACGCUGAAAGACUUGGGGACGAGAGCAGUGAAGAUACGUUGAACCCAUCGACUCCACCAAAUCACAACAUUAGUGUCUUGGCACCGGCACCCCUCUACAGUCCCGCCGUGGUCAACUCAAGGCGUCCAACAUACCCGCUCAAGCUUGCUCGCAUCCUUAACAUAUUAGCCGAGUCAACCCGCCCCGAGGAUGACGAGGUGAAGUCGGAGGCUGCAUUUCAACGUCUAAUAGCAUCGUACUCAGAGCUUCCGGUGCGACCCCGCACUCCUCGUGCACCUUCAAACAAAGGGCGUUACCCGGAGGAAGCAGUUGAUGAAGACUUUGACCGAGAGGAUACGCCGAGUGACGAAGACGAUGUGGAUGGCAUUUUCGCUUUUGACCCUCCUAGCGAGUCGGCCACAACCAAACCUUGUACGCCUGCGCAAAGCGUGAACGGUGAUGAUUUUGCAACAUGUACCUCCGGAAGUCCUAUGGUAGUAGCUAUGGAUGUGGAUCCACCGCUGACCUCACCAUUGGUAACUUCCACACCUGCUGUCCAAUGGCGAUACACACCACCUCCAACGGCCAGUGCUGUUCGCUCCAACAAGCGGAAACUCGAUGAUCGUUACGAUCCAUAUCCUACUGCUGCAAAGCGCCGAGCGGUUUCGCCAUCGAUAUCUUACCUGAGAGAGGUACACCCUUCUCUGUCUUACCCCCGGACGCCAAAUGGGAGACCCUCAUUUCCAAACCCCCUGGCGAUACCGAUCUCGAACGGCGGAUCGGCGAACUCGUCUCCCACAGUGACUAGCUACAACAUGCCUAUUUACACAACUUCUCGACAAGUAGGACUCGGAUCGAUGAGCGUUUCAUCUAGCCCGAUUCUACGGCCAACUCUAGGCCUUGCAAGUCCGAUUCUCCGACCGCUCGCUAGAAAUAGGCGUGGGAUAGAUGGCGACGAGAGGGACGUCGAAGGUGCCAAUGAAGGUGUGAACGGUCUCACCCUCAGUUAGGGAUAGGCUGGGAUAGGGCUCUCCUUGUUAUGGAGUACCUGUUCAAGAUGAGAUGACCCUGUGGAUGUGAACAAGGAUGCCGGAGUAUGCCACACACGAUGAUGGCUACUCGAUUCCGGCUUAUCCUCGUUUGGUACACAAUGGCCGGCGGUCGUUGCCGUAUGUGAUACUGUAAUAUGGAUAUGCCUAGGUAGCAAAACCUGGGCUGUAUGACUCCCGUCCGGUGGCAGGGCAUGUGUAGCUUGAAAUUGACUUAGAUGUAGCCAUACACCUUGAUGAGUAGCUCAGGUAUUGGUGCCAGCAAGGAGGCGUAAGCCACGUAUUUAAGGAGAAAAAAUUCAAGAGCAAGAUGGACACAUGAGGCCUAGCGUAAGUAACGAGAAGGAAGUUUGGAAGAUGCCAUCACGUGAUGAUAUAUGUGAUGUACACACUCG